CGGAAAGAAGAAAAACUGUCACAAUGCCACUCAACGACGUCUUCCAGCAAUCAAUCCGUCAAGUUCGGCCCAUUUUGUCGGCAGACCACCAGGAGGCCCGUCAAAAAGUGAUUAGCUUGUACAAAUCGUGGUAUCGGCAGAUCCCACUGAUUAUGCACGAGUACGACAUGCCGAAAUCAUUCGAACAGUGUCGGGAUAAGUUGCGUGAAAUGUUCAUAAAAAAUCAGGGAGUCACCGAUGUGCGAGUAAUCGAUAUGCUUGUUGUCAAGGGACAAAUGGAACUGAAGGAGGUAGCUGCUAGAUGGAAACUGAAAAGUCACAUCAUGAGGUAUUGGAAUGAGUCACAGGAACCGAAACCGACGGAUUUUCUUUCCAAAUUCUACCGAGGGCACGACUGAAUUCAGGUUCUGUUGUGUUUUACUUACUACAACGCUUUUAAAUACAACAAAUCAACCGGUGUGCUUAGAAAUAAACUGUAUGUAUUAGAUCGCUGUAAAUAAAGAGUGGUUUUAUUGUUUUUGAUUUUUGUAACC